AUGGCCACGCAUCACGUUCGUCACCCGUCCCAUCAAUCCAAAAAGUCGCAACCUGCGCACGCACGGCCUUCCAGGCCUCUGUCAAAGCGGACUCAUUCCCACGGAAGCAAAUCCGCUUCCAAAGUCGUUCAUUACAAGGAAGUCGAAUCCGACGAAGACGAGGACUCAAUGGCGGUUAGCUUUCUGAACUACUGCACUGUCUGCGAGAAGCAAAUCAUUGUUCCUAGUAACUCUGUGCUCUACUGCUCGGAAAGCUGCAAGAAGAAGGACACCGAGAAGAGCCUUACCUAUUCAUACGAUCAUUACUCACCGCCAACUACGCCGUUUGCCAACUUCACCUUUGACGACUUUGCCUUCCGCGACAUUGUACCUCAGCGCUCCCCCACUCAGCCUGAGUCAAAACGCUCAUCAUGUGCCUUCUCCGACAUCUCAUCAGACGACAACAGCGCCGACCGGUAUCAGCGCUUUGAUUCGGACGCGUCAAAGUACCUUCGCAAAUUCCAAUCACCUGCAUACUUCCCUGAUACCGUUCGACCCCGCUACAACCGUAACUCCACUUCGCAAAUCAGCUUUAGUGCCGCUCCUUCGCUCUCACAUACCCCGGCCUCGUCGGUGAGCUACUCGCUUCCAUACACACCCGCCACUACAAGGCCUCUCCCACCUAGGACAAAGCCGUCGCAUAGUGGAUCUUAUGGAGCCAAGUCCAUCGACCUGGUUACCCCAUUAACGGCUCCGUCGAGUCCAAAGUCAUACUCGCACAAGUCAGCGGCAUCCAUAUCAAAAACGUCUACUAGUACAAUCGAAGGCGAGAUUGUCUAUGCCAAGUCACCGGUUCCUGAGCCAUCGUUCGCCAGUGGAAGUCUUGGUCGAUUGCUUGCUUCAACACCUCGUUAA